CCUCCCUCCCCUCCCUUUAUUCCUGUAGCAGUUUGCGAACAGUUAUUGCCUUCAAGGAGCCCUAGAAAGAGUCGAUGGCAACAAGAUGGCAUCCCAGCGGCUCUGUUUGAGACUUAUUGGGUUGGUUGCAUUGCUGACACUAACAACUCUCGGAGAUGUAUCCAGCGAGAGCCCCCUGCAGAAGAUCUUAGUGAAAAGAAAAGUGGUAGAAGCUGAACAUGCCCCAUUCGAGUCUUCUGUUGCCAUCCCUUCUUCCAAGGCUCAAGAAUUUCUGUCCAAGCUGAGCAGAACAAAGAGGAAUGUUUGGGAUGGCAACAGACCAGACGUCCAACAGUGGAUUAUGCAGUUUAUGCAAAUGGGAUUUGAUGAGCAAAGGCUGGAGACUGACAUGCAGUACUGGAUAGACCACGCCCGCUCCAAUGACCAGGGUCGUCAGCAUCACUAUGAUGAAAACGCUCCCAUCGGCCCACGGUCUUCUUACAGGCACGGGGCAAAUGUCAACUAUGACUACUAUUAACACCGCCCACACACACUUUCUCAGUUGUUAGAAAGUAAUGAAUUGUGAUGGAUUUCAUGCCUGCCAACCUCUUCACAGGAAUCCUGCCAGUUUAUCUUGAUUGCAUCCAUCAGUUAAACCCUGCCUGUCUUUCUCCAUUCCAACUAUGCAGCUUUGAAUUAAACUGUUUUAGCCUCGAGUUUGAGCACGGGCCUUUGUUAGAAUUAAAGAUAAAGUCUGUACUGUCUUUGUCCUGUGAUUUUCUUUUUUGUAUCUGCAGCCAUCAAAUAUAAAAGCCCAUCUCAAUAAAUUUCCACAACCUG